AUGGAAGAAGAAGAAGAAAAAUUUACUUUAAACGAGCUGAUGGGAAAAAAUAAAGCAGGCGGUUUAAGCCUUAAAAAUAGUCAAAAGAAAAAAUAAAAUUAAAAAAAAUAGUAAAUCUAAAUAUGUAAUUUGUAAAAUAGUUUAAAUGCUGAGUAGAAUUAAUAAAUCUAAGAUUCUAAUAAUGAAUCACUAGAUAGAUACUUAAAAAGAGCAUUUAUUAAAUGCAAAACUAAAAAGGAGAGGAAAGAAAUGAAAAAAUUGAUAGAAUAAGAAAUAAAAAAUGUUAGUUAGGUAUCAAGUUUAUCAGAUUUUGAAUGGGAUAAUAAGGAAUUGCCACUUUUAAGCAGAGAAGAUAUUGAAAAAAGGCUAUUUAAUGAUCCAAACGCAGUAAAUUAGUUGAUUAAUCCAUCAGAAUAAUAAAUAAAAAUAGUAGAUGCUAUAGUUAAGAAAAUAAAAGAGGAGUUAUUAGGUAAUAGCAUAAUUAAUUAAUAAUAGACAGUAAAUGAAUAAAAUAUUACAAAUUUAUAGGAAUCUAUCAAUUUAAAUCAAUAGUAAAACAUUCUUAAAAGCAACACUUGCACUUAAAAUGAAUAAAAAAUUUCAAACAAAUUAACAACAAAUAAUUUAUAAAAUGAUAUGGAAAUCGAAGCUUAUGAAAGCAAUAAAUAUUUUGAUGAAGAUGAUUUUGAUGUUGAGAGAAUGAAAGUGCCUAUUAUUGGAACAAGUACAAAGCUUGAAAAAGAAUAUCUUAGAUUAACCAGCUAUCCAAAAGCGUGUGAUGUUCGUAGUCCAGAAACAUUAGUCAAGAGUUUUGAGUUUAUCACUAAUAAAUAUGCUAAUAAAUCUGAAGAUUAUCAUUAUUUUUAAAGCCAAUUUCGUUCAAUUCGUUAAGAUUUGCUUAUUCAAAAUAUUAAAAAUGACUUCACAUUUUAGGUACUAGAAGUAAAUGCAAGAAUAUGCUUAGAAAAUUAUGAUAUUCAAGAAUAUAGUCGAUGCUUAGGCUAAUUAAUUUGGAUGUAUAAGGAGGUGGAUGAUUUAGCAAAAACUAAUUACAAAGAAUUUAUUUAUUAUAGGUUAAUAUAAUUUAUAUUUGAAGACAAGAAAGAUAAUCUUCUUGCCUGUCUUCAAGAAAUAAAUUAAGACGAAUUGCUAUUAUCUAAUGAAUUUGAAACAGCUAUGAAAUUUUAGCAUGCUAUAUCUAUGGGAAAUGUUAAAGGAUUCUUUAAUCUUUUUAACAGUACUAAAGAUUAUGGCAAAUAUAUAAUGAGUUUAUAUAUUAAAAAAUGGAAAAUAUGGGGCAUUAGAAUAGUAUGCAAAACCUAUGGCCCAUAAGCCAUUAGUUUGUCGCUUUUCUAAAGUGUUUUUGGGUUUGAAUCAAUCGAAAAAACAAAAGAAGAGCUUAAGAAUCUCAACUGCGUUUUAGAUUAAAAUGAAGAAAAAAUCCUUGUUAAAGACACAAUAAUUUAAAUAGAUUAAUAAAAAAUUUGA